GUCGCUGAUGGGGGCUCUUCCUUGGCAGGUUUGAUAACUACUCUGCCAAUGUCAUGGUGGAUGGGAAGCCAGUGAACCUCGGCCUCUGGGACACAGCGGGGCAGGAGGACUAUGACCGACUGCGGCCUCUUUCCUAUCCACAGACGGAUGUUUUCUUGAUCUGCUUCUCCCUCGUGAGUCCGGCCUCCUUUGAGAAUGUCAGAGCCAAGUGGUACCCUGAGGUCCGACACCACUGCCCAAAUACACCCAUCAUCCUGGUGGGCACCAAGCUGGACUUGAGGGACGAUAAGGACACCAUUGAAAGGUUACGUGAUAAGAAACUGGCCCCCAUCACCUACCCCCAAGGCUUGGCCAUGGCUCGGGAGAUUGGGUCGGUAAAGUACCUCGAGUGCUCGGCCCUGACGCAGCGGGGCUUGAAGACGGUGUUUGACGAAGCCAUCCGGGCCGUGCUCUGCCCGCCGCCCGUCAAGAAGCCUGGCAAAAAGUGCACCGUGUUCUGAGGGCUGCAGCCGAGGCGCUGGCUCAGCAUGUUGUCGUCCUCCGACAGAUUGCAUAUUAGCUGGGUGUUUCUGGAGGGGGCUGGGAUGUGUAGGGCCCUUCAUCAUGUACGAAGUCAGUGUUUUUUAAAUGUCUCUUUGAUUUAACGUCAGUGUUGAUGUGAAGGGGCAGCGGGGGCAGGAGACGAGCGGGGGGCUGCGCAGCCCCCAGGGGAGGCACAGCGGGGAAGGCAAGGGGGCUCCUUGGGGCAGGAGGCUGUUUUGGCUCUCCUGACUCCAGGCUGCGGGGCCGAGACGUCC